CACGCUGUCAGUUUAUUUCCUUGUUCUCUCCCCUUCAGAUCUACAGUUUGAAGACGGGUGUAACCAACAUGGUGGUGAAGUGCAAGAGCUGACAGGCCCCAUUCACUGCAUCACACAUGUUGAUUAGAUCAGAGCUCAAACUAGUUUCAGUUAUAGGGAAGUGAAACUCAGACAGUCGUUGUCACUGAGAGGUGAAAUGGCGCAGAAAGGAGUUCAGCUGGAGCGGGAAACCUUCUCUUGUUCCAUCUGUCUGGAUCUACUGAAGGAUCCGGUGACUACUUCCUGUGGACACAGCUACUGCAUGAACUGUAUUAAAAGCUUCUGGGAUGGAGAGGAUGAGAAGAAGAUCUACAGCUGCCCUCAGUGUAGGCAGACCUUCACACAGAGGCCUGUCCUGCUGAAAAACACCAUGUUAGCAGUUUUAGUGGAGGAACUGAAGAAGACUGGACUCCAAGCUGCUCCUGCUGAUCACUGCUAUGCUGGACCUGAAGAUGUGGUCUGUGAUUUCUGUACUGGGAGGAAACUAAAAGCCUUCAAGUCCUGUCUGGUGUGUCUGGUCUCUUACUGUGAGAAACACCUCCAGCCUCAUUACGAUGUAGCUAAAUUAAAGAAACACAAGCUGGUGGAGCCCUCCAAGCAGCUCCAGGAGAACAUCUGCUCUCGUCACGAUGAGGUGAUGAAGAUGUUCUGUCGUACUGAUCAGCAGUGUAUCUGUUAUCUCUGCUCUGUGGAUGAACAUAAAGGCCACGACACCGUCUCAGCUGCAGCAGAAAGGACUGAGAGGCAGAGAGAGCUGGAGGUGAGUCGACUCAACAUCCAGCAGAGGAUCCAGGACAGAGAGAAAGAUUUGAAGCUGCUCCAACAGGAGGGUGGAGGCUGUCAAUCGCUCUGCUGAAUAAAGCAUUGGAGGACAGUGAGAAGA